UGUGACAUUCCCACACACUGCUGUGCCUCCGUGUAUUAGGAGGAUCCCUCCAUGAGCGUGUUACCGGUCAUCAGCGUCAACUCUCGCGAUAGUUGGAAACACAUGGCCGCCCACAGUGUUUACAACUUCUCGUGAUGAACUGGUGAACAGAAACACAAAGUCCCGAAGUAGAAGGACGUCGAAUAGUUUGCCCACACUGUUCGUGCUCUCCGGCUUUGGGUGAAAAGUUCGACACCGUCGAGGAGGAAAGAGUUUCUCGGCAAAACGCGAGCAGAAGCAGAGGCCAGGCACGCCGCAACACAGGCUACUGGGUGCUGUGAUGUCCUCGACCCCCAGCAGACUCAAACACCCACACUGCAGGAAGAAGCACUACCCCAGUAGCACUUACCUCACCCACGUCUGACAGCCAGUCACCGGACACGAGACUCUUGGACACAUACAUAAGAAGACCUGACCAGGAAUUGAUAAAAGAGACAAAGAGAGAGAUGUCUGACUCAGCUGGAGGCGGCGAAAGCGGAGGCGUAGCAGGCGCGGGGCAGGACGCAGAAGCGGACAAUGAGCCCCCUCAACAGGCGCCGCCUUUACCCGAAGGUGACGGCUUAGAGGCGGUGGUGGUGGAGGAGACGUCAGAGGACGGGGCGCCUCCGUCUGCCAAGCGGCUGAGAAUGAGCGAGGAGGAGGAACAGGAGCCAAAGCCCGCCAAGGUGCUCGGAGAAACACCAGCGCAGGCUGGCUUUCUGCAGGAAGACGCACACCCGCCAGCACAAGAAACUCUGCAAUGUGAGGAGGAAGAUCAAGAAGGGGAAGGGGUGCCGGUCAGUGGGGGAGGUAAAGAAGAAUGCCAUCAGAAUGGAGAUGCGGGGCAUGAUGCCCCCUUCAAAGAAGGAGAGACGAAACCAGAGGAGGAGCACAACGGAAACAGAUCCGCAGACAGCCCCAGUGAAGGGCAGCAGCUUGGCCUAGAUUUUACCCAGAACCCCCAGAUGCUGACUGGUUCCUGGACUGAGUACUCCAGCCUUCCAGAGAAUUACCUCAAAGGCUGCAAAUGGGCCCCCGAUGGUUCCUGUAUCCUGACAAACAGUGCAGACAACGUGCUCCGUGUGUACAACCUCCCUCCAGAGAUUUACAGCUACAACUGGGACUUGCUUCCUGAGAUGAGUCCGGUGCUGAGGAUGGCAGAGGGAGACACCAUCUACGACUACUGCUGGUACCCUAAGAUGAACUCUCUGGACCCGGACACGUGCUUUCUAGCCAGCAGUAGCCGCGACAACCCAGUCCACCUGUGGGAUGCGUUUUACGGGGAAGUACGAGCCAGUUUCCGACCCUACAAUCACCUGGACGAGCUGACGGCGGCCCACUCCCUCUGCUUCUCGCCCGAUGGAACGCAGCUCUACUGCGGCUUUGACAAAACUGUCCGAGUCUUCUACACCGAUCGUCCAGGGAGAGACUGUGAGGAGCGGCCCACUGUAGUGAAGAAACAGGGCCAAAGUGGCAUCAUCUCCUGCUUUGGCUUCAGCCCCUGCCAGUCUGUUUAUGCCUGUGGCUCUUACUCCCGCUGCGCUGGCCUCUACUCCUGCCAAGACGGCACCCUGCUGGCUCUGCUGCCGACCCGCCACCACGGAGGCCUCACCCAUCUGCUCUUCUCCCCCGACGGCAACUACCUGUACACCGGCGGACGCAAGGAUCCAGAAAUCCUGUGCUGGGACCUAAGAGAGCCAGGCAAGGUCGUGUUCUCACUUAAGAGGAACGUGGCGACUAACCAGCGCAUCUACUUUGACUUGGACCUGUCCGGCAGGUACCUGCUGAGCGGCGACACGGAGGGAGUGGUGUCAGUAUGGGACACCCAGACGGCUGCUCCAGAUGGUAACGAGGAGCUACUGCAACCUCAGCUCAGGUUCCAGGCCCAUUGGGACUGCACUAACGGCAUCAGUAUUCAUCCCUUCAUGCCUUUGUUGGCAACCUCCAGCGGCCAGCGUCAGUUUCCGUGGCCCGGCGACAGUGAGGGGGACUCUGCCUCCGACGCAGAGGGGGGCGAAGCUGUGAUGUCAGCGCAGGAGAACCGACAAGACAACACACUGAGUGUGUGGUGGGCCGGGCCACUCAGCCCUGCUGCAGAGGGGAACCCAGAGAAGAGUACUGAGGUGGCGGAGGCCUGAAUCUCUGUUAGUUCAGGCAGCUGACACAAAUUGAGUUACACCUGCCAUGUGAUAUUUAUUUCAGGCGUAUUUUUGUAGGGAUAAAGUUUGUUAUGGGUCAGUCAGUUCUCUUUGCCAUCAGGAACAUGGAGUCCUAAGGUGGGGAAGCAUUUCUGGAUCACUUUUAAUCAUCCAGUUACCUUCAACAUUUACAGUAACAUAAAUUUCAACAUAUCGCAUCGUUUACAACAUUGACAGUACUCGCACUUGCAGAGUUAAAAUGAAAGGAUUAUCAACACGGUGCACAUCGGGUCAGUACAGAACAGAUUUUCAGUGUUCUGUAUUUGAAGACCUCAUUAUUGUAAUGCCAAUUUGAUAAAUAAGAAUUGGAAAUAUAUGCAAAGACCGAUCAAUGCUAAAACCAAGGAGGUUUUCUUUGAAGCCUUACUCAGGUUGAGACAACAUGUGUGUUGCAUAAAGCAUAGCCUGGUAUUACUUCAUUUUGUUAUUUAAUUAGAGAAAGAACAGAUGUUUUAAUCUAAGAUGAAAUAUAAUGAAUCUUCUAUUAAACUUCUGUUGUUUUUUUUUGUUGUUUUUUUUACUUCCUAAAUUGGAUGAGUUUGGUUGAAUUGAAAGCCUUGACUGCGGUGUGAAGCGGCCCGGUGUCUGUCUACUGAUCUGAGUUGUUGUAUCUGUGGGAGUAUUUGUUUACGUGUGUGUGUGUGUGGCUGUAAUGCUGCCCCGGAGAUUCCUAACUGCUAUAGUUACAGUAAGUGCCAUUUGUUCUUGAGCUUUGCUUUUGUAAACUGACGGGAUCUCCUGUUUUUACCUUCUUUUUUAAACGAUCGGACGCACCAAGUGUCGUGUCGCUCAGUGCAUGCCCACAAAUGUAUAUUUUUGUAAAGCCGUGAUGAUCAUUCUAAUUUUCCGAAUGUAUACUCUGUAAGCAGCUAGCUUAAUUACUGUAACCUCAUAACAAUCUGUGAAAGUCUUUAAGUUGUGGAUGCACCUGGGAAAACAAGUACUGUCUGGAUUUAUUUUUUCUACAGAUUGUGCUCGGAUUACAUUUGUACCUGUGUGAGUGGAUGUGGCAGCACAAAACACAUUGUAUUUGUAUUAUUGCAUUAAUAAUGUACUGCGGUGAUUUGCUCAAUGCUUUUGUUGCCAUCAUUGGGUGUGUGCUUUGCUGUAGGGUUUCUCCAAUCUAAGCCUUGUACCUUCAGACACUGAGGAAUCCAUUUUGAGGCCUGUGCUGAUUCAAGGUUCACUUCUUGGAACUCAAAUUUGUUGCCAAAUAAAAUCAAUCGAAACUUUCACACAAUGCUACAUAAAUUUGCUCUACCAGGAAGCAUUAGGAACCAUGUCUGUCUUUUUGUCAUAUAAGUCUCUAGAUGGACGGCUGUGUGUACGACAGGUGGAUUUCUGGUGCUUUUAUUCAAGCUGGAGUGAAUUAAAAGUG